AUGUUUUAGUUUACAAUCUUGGAAAUAAUAUUGUAUUUAGUUCUCAUCUUGGUAUUGCUGAUUUUGAAACCAUUAUUCCAAAUGUUGAUAAUGAAAAUUAAGUAUGGAAAGAAAAUGCAUUUGAUGUAUUUUCCUUUGUUGGGGAGAAUAAUUGAAUUUAGCAGAGGUAUCAAGAAACACAAUGAUUUACUACAUUUUGAAAAGAUGAUUCCGUAAUAGCAUCCUGAGAUUGAGAUUGUAGUGAGCAAUACAUUUUUGGGUUUGACGCAUGUAUUUUUUAAAACAGAGCAUAUAAAAUUCAUUCUCCAGAAUUAAGAUCUUUACAAAAAGACAUCAAAGGUAUUGUUUGGUGAAAAAAUGUUAUACAAAGGUAUGAUUUUUGAGAUGAUCUAGGUUUGGCAUUCCAAGAUGGUGAAGAUUGGAGAUUAGCUAGAAAUGUGCUUUCAAAAUCUUUCGAAUUUGAAUAGUUAAGAGCAAGAAUACCAUUAAUAAAACGAUUAUGUGAAGAGAAGUUCUCAAAAGUUCCAGAGGGUGAACCUAUUGAUAUAAUAAACAUAUCAGGCAAUAUAGUUGGAGAAGUGAUUACUCAGUCCUUUUUUAGUCAGAGUUUCAAGGAUCUUAAUGGGAAGACAUUCUUAUCUGAAUUGGUUGAUGUGAUGGUAGGCAUCAUCUCUCAGUACAGAGAAGCUCCGAUUAGAAGCAUGUCAAGGACUUUCAUUUUUGGGACAAAGGAUUAUCCCAAUUGGACCAUUUCAAAGGUUGAGUAGAAACUUUUAGCAAGGCUUCAAAAGAUCAAGGACAUCUUGAGUGAUUCAAUAAAGGAAAGAUAAUCAAUGGAAAAUAAGCCAGCAGACUUUUUAACAGCCUAUAUUAAUACCAUAUGUAUAAAUUGAUUUUAUAAUUUAGAACAAAAUCCGAAAUUAACUGAAGAACAUGCAAUUCAACAAUACAUAAUGUUAAUCUUUGCAGGUAUAGAUACUACUAGUAAUCUAUUUGGAGCAUGCUGUUAUGCUUUGUCUAUCCAUCCUGAAUGGCAAAGAAAGUUGAGAGAGGAAAUUCAAAAGCAGUAUGGUGCCUAUGAACGGUUAAACAGCGAUAACAUAAAUGUAUCCAAUUAAAUCACCAAUUUCAUCAAUGAGUGCAUGAGAAUGUAUACUCCUGUUCCAUAUUUUAUCGAGAGGGAAGUGAAAUAGGAUCAUAAGGUUGGGGAUUACUUUUUGAAGAAGAACUCAGAAGUAUCAUUAUGUUUGUUCCCAAAUAAUUAUGAUCCUAAGAAUUUCACAGAUCCUUUCACUUUCAAUCCUGAUAGAUGGAAUCAAUAAGGUAUUGAUCCAUUUGUUUUCUUGCCAUUUUCAAUAGGGAAAAGAAAUUGCAUAGGUUAACACAUGGCUUUGAUGGAAAUAAAGUGUUUAUUGGUUUAUUUGUUAAUGAAUUUUGAGGUGAAUUUAGUAGGUGAAAAACAAGUUUGGACUUUUAAGUUUGUGUAUACAAUUCAAAAUGAGAAAUUCAUCUAAUUGAAAAGAAUUGGAAAAUGAGUUAAGAUCAAUAUGAUAUGUUAAAAUUAA